GUCAGGUAUAUUAUAGAAUGGAUUUUAUGUGUGUGUUACUGUUUUUUAUUUUGAGUUCUAGGAGGGCUCUUCCACCUCUAUGAAAUUUGAUGAUUCCAGUUGAAGAAUAGACACCUCAAAUUAUUCUCAUAACAAAUCAGUGUCCUCUAUCUGCUGUUGGCAGAAGUGGACUUGUUGAGCCAUAGUAUCUCUUCCUUUAUCCCAGUGCUUAAAACAAAUUGGAGAUGGUGUUCAUAAAUUAUUCACUUCUAAAUGUUGUUGAUUCUGAUUCAAAUACUAUAUGAACUGGAAGGAAUCUCAGAAGUCAUUUUGUCCAAAUCCAUUGAAGUUGAAUGAGGAAAUAAUGCCUUGUUCAACAUCAAAAAGUUAAUAAGUGACAGAUAUAGAAAGUGAAUGAAGAAAAUCUAAGUCAGGCCUUGAUUUUUCUUGCAUUUCAUAGAAAAAGAUAGCUGUAUUUUCAUGUCAUGCUCUUCUUACUUCUCUUUUCCAGCAGAAACAUCAGUCCCAUGGUACCAGGAAACCAAACACAAUUCACUGAAUUUCUACUCCUGGGAUUUUCUGAGACACCAGAGCAUCAGGGUCCCCUCUUUGGACUUUUCUUGGUCAUGUACUUGGUCACUGUGGUUGGAAAUCUGCUUUUAAUGCUAAUUGUUACUUCUGACUCUCACCUCCAUACACCCAUGUACUUCUUUGUCUCCAAUCUGUCCUUUGUGGAUCUCUGUAUCAUAACCACUACAGUUCCCAAUAUGCUGGUGAACUUCUUGAAACAAAGUAAGGUUAUACCCUAUGCUGGCUGUCUUGCCCAGUUGUACUUCUUCACGGCUUUUGGUAGUUUGGACAAUUUCCUUCUCACUGCAAUGGCCUAUGACCGUUUUGUGGCAAUCUGUCACCCUCUGCAUUAUGCAACCAUCAUGAGCCCUAGACUCUGUGUCCUCUUGGUGCUACUCUCCUGGAUAAUAAGCCUUGUACAGUCCCUCAUUCAGAAUCUGAUGGUAACAAGGCUCUCUUUCUGUAGAGAUCAUGAAAUUCAGCACUUCUUUUGUGAUUUCCCUCAAAUUUUGAAACUCUCUUGUUCUGACACCUUUAUCAAUUAUAUGGUAUUAUAUAUUACGACUGGGCUACUGGGUAUUGUCCCACUCACAGGGAUUGUUUUCUCAUACAGUCAGAUCUUUUCUUCAAUUUUGAAAGUCCCAUCUGCUAAGGGUAAGUACAAAGCCUUUUCUACCUGUGGAUCUCAUCUCUCUGUUGUUUCUUUAUUCUAUGGUACAGGGAUAGGAGUAUAUUUAAGUUCUUCCACUACCCAAUCUUCCUGGAAGAGCACAGUUGCUUCAGCAAUGUAUGCUGUGAUCAUCCCCAUGUUGAACCCCUUCAUUUAUAGUCUAAGGAACAAAGACAUAAAAGAUGCCCUUAGGAAGAUAAUUAGCAAAGGAACUUCCUUUGAGUGAUGGGUGAUCCUUAGAAAAGAACAUGGUUAUUUUUGCAAAAAAUAUUGGGAAUCAAAAAUCCUGGGUUCCUCAGUUCUCUCUCCAGUCAAAUCCAUCCUCAAUUUAAAACCUGCAGUGAUUUUCCUAAAGUACAACUCUUACCCUUUCACUUCCACCCAUCAAUUCAAUUAAUGGUGUCUGUUGUCUCCAGCCUCAAGCACUAAAUCCUCUGUUCAAAAUUCAAAUUCCUUACAACCUGGCCUCAUUCUACUUUUGCAGUUUUCUACUACUUUAUUCCCUACUAUAAACUCUUUCCUCCAGUGACAUUAGUCUUUUUGCACAUCCAUAAAUAAAAUACUCCAUUUCUUGACUCCAGGUAUUUUCUAAGUCUGCUCUCCCUACUUAACUCUACAUACUAUCUUCAUUUAUUUCUUUUGAGUCCCAACUUUUUAAAACCACUAUCUUUCACUGGAUGUUUUUCCCAAUCCUCUUACUUUUAUUGACUGCCCUCUUUUGAUGAUAUUCUGUGAAUUUUCUAUAUAGCAUGCUGAUACAUGUUCCUUUUUAUGUUACUUAUUGUUAGAUUAUGAGGUCAUUAAGGUCAGCAACUAAUUUUUGCCUCCUUUUGAAUGCUUAGCACAGUGACUGACAAAUAGUAGGUACUUAAUAAAUGUUAAUUGAUGGACAUAAAACUUCCUACCUUACUGACUCACUCUGCUCUUGUUGACUACAAAUUGUAUUGGCUCCAACCAGAAGAGUGGUAAGGGCUAUGCAAUGAGUGUUAUGUGCCUCGUCCAGCAUCACACAGCUAGGAGUGUCUGAGGUCAGAUUGGAUCACUCUGCUCUUGUUGACUACAAAUGACUUUGACAUUUUUUCUUCACUGUCUCUAUUCUUGGAGUUUCUACCUCAGUCACAGUUGAUUGAACACUUCCUGCUUCUUCAGGACAUUUCCAGCUCAAAAAGUACUGGGAAAGAAAUGACAAAGCCAGGAUUUUAGUCUUCUGUGUAGAGUUUAUAGUCUAUGUGCCAUAGGCAAACUAAUGAAAUGUCUUUAACCAUCAGUUUAUUCAUUUCUAAAAUGGAAAUUGGAAAACAAGUCCUAACUACCAGACAGACUUUUUCCUACAUAAAUGAAAUAUGCUGUAUAUUAAAGAGCUUUGUAAACUAUGAAAUGAUAUGUAACUGGAGUAGAGAAAGAAGAAAUUAGAGAAAACCAUUAUGGGAUUUCAUCAUUGUGAGUCUAUGUUCUAAUUCUUCCAUACGUUAUCACAUAAGUACUAUGAGUGGGAGAUGAUGAAAAAAAUCAUCACAGAGUAUUCAACAAUUUCUUGAUAAGCUUUUUUAUCCUUUACCUGACACCAUAGGUGAAGUCUUUCUAGUUUAGUUGAACUUCAAAGAGCUAGAGCUCUGGUGACAUAGCCUUUGAGAAACUCAGGUCAAUUCCAUUUUGCUAUAAAACACUGUAUAGAUUUAUAUAUCCAUAUACAUAUCUACAGAAAGUGUGAUUGCUUUCAUGAUCAUCUUUAUAAAAAUUCUCAAACAUGGAUCUGAAUAUAUCACUAAUAUGGUUAAGAUGCUUCACUGGUUCCCUAUUAUAUACUAGGAUAAAAUGGCAUCUCCUAUGAAAUUGAAAAACCUUUAUAAUCUAAUUACAUAAUAUGUUCCUUGCUAAUUUGACAACCCUAACCUAACAUAUCCUACCUUCAGUCAAACUCACCUAUUUAUAAUAAUGUUUCAUCUCUUUCUUCAGUACCCAUGUAUGGAACAGAUGUCAAUAUAUAUUCAUCUCUGUAUCUUCUAUCCAAAUUUUUCUUUUCUUUUUUUAAGUAUGCUAUUCUUUAUUUUCUCCAUUAUAUUUUCUCUACUAUAAGCAAGAUGUAUUUUCAUUCAAAAUAUAAUGAACAUGGAAAUAUUUUUAUCUAAUAACCUUUGCACCACAUAUAAGAUAUUACCUGCCUUCUUGGGAAAGGAGGAAGUAUAGGAAGGAGGGAGAGAGCAAGGAUAGCAAAAUGUCAGAAAACGAUGAUUGAAAAUUGCCAUUACA